GCGCUAAGAUGGCCGCUCCGGCUUGGACCGGUGAGUGCGUGAGGGCGCGCGGCCGCGGCGGUUGGAGGAGCGGGGCCCCCUGCCGGAGCAGACGUCCGACGGGAGCCCAGGGGCCGGGAGGCACCUGGCGGCGCUUUCCCGCCGCGCAGGACGCAGGGGCUCCUGAGGGAGGGAGAGGGGGCUACGGAGCGAGCUGAGGGGCGCGCGGAGGCGGCGGCGGGUCCGGCGAAUUUAGAAUUGGCGCCUCUGGGAAGUUGCGUUUUCAGGUUCUUCAAGUGUUGUGAACAGAGAGUCGUUUGGAUUAUGUGUUUCUCAGACAGACUGAAUAAAUGCUAACAAUGGAUAAGUGCAAACACGUUGGGCAGUUGCAGCUUGCUCCAGACCAUUCCAUCCUCAACCCUCAGAAAUGGUAUUGUGUGGACUGCAAUACAACUGAAUCUAUUUGGGCUUGCCUCAGCUGUUCUCAUGUUGCCUGUGGACGAUAUAUUGAAGAGCAUGCACUCAAGCACUUUCAAGAAAGCAGUCAUCCUGUUGCACUGGAAGUGAAUGAGAUGUAUGUUUUUUGUUAUCUUUGUGAUGAUUAUGUUCUUAAUGAUAAUACAACUGGAGACCUGAAGUUACUACGAAGUACUUUAAGUGCAAUCAAAAGCCAAAAUUAUCACAGUACAACUCGUAGUGGAAGAGUUUUACGGUCUGUGGAUACAAGUGACAAUUCUUUCUUCUUACAUGAUGGCACCCAAUCUCUGCUUCAAAAUGAAGAUCAAAUGUGUACUGCCCUUUGGCACAGAAGGAGAAUGCUCAUGGGUAAAAUCUUUCGAACUUGGUUUGAACAAUCACCCAUUGGGAAAAAAAGGCAAGAACAAUUUCAGGAAAAGAUAGCAAAAAGAGAAGUGAAAAAAAGACACCAGGAAUUAGAGUAUCAAGUGAAAGCAGAAUUAGAUAGUAUGCCUCCAAGAAAGAGUUUACGUUUGCAAGGUCUAGUUCAGUCCACCACCAUUGAAAUAGUUCCUGUUGAAGUACCACCACAAACUCCACUAUCACCAGCAAAAGAUAAAGUGAUAUCUACCUCAGAAGAUGUGAGAUUUAAAAAAGGCAGUGACUCUCCAGUCAAACGAAGACCAAUAGGAACUCCUGGUGUAACAGGAUUGAGAAAUUUGGGAAAUACUUGCUAUAUGAAUUCUGUUCUUCAGGUAUUGAGUCAUUUACUUAUUUUUCGACAGUGUUUUUUAAAACUUGAUCUGAACCAAUGGCUGACUGUGACGGCUAGUGAUAAGACAAGAUCUUAUAAGCAUCCACCCAUAACAGAUACAGUAGUAUAUCAAAUGAAUGAAUGCCAAGAAAAAGAUACAGGCUUGGUUUGCUCCAGACAUCCAAGUUUAUCAUCAGGACUAAGUGGUGGGGCAUCAAAAAGUAGAAAUAUGGAACUUAUUCAGCCAAGGGAGCCGAGUUCACAGUACAUUUCUCUUUGUCAUGAAUUGCAUACUUUGUUUCAAGUCAUGUGGUCUGGAAAGUGGGCACUGGUCUCACCAUUUGCUAUGCUUCACUCAGUGUGGAGGGUAAUUCCUGCUUUUCGUGGUUAUGCCCAACAAGAUGCUCAGGAAUUUCUUUGUGAACUUUUGGAUAAAAUACAACAUGAACUAGAGACAACUGGUACCAGGUUACCAGCUCUCAUCCCCACUUCCCAAAGGAAACUUAUCAAACAGGUUCUAAAUGUUGUAAAUAAUAUUUUUCAUGGACAACUUCUUAGUCAGGUUACAUGUCUUGCAUGUGACAACAAAUCAAAUACUAUAGAACCUUUCUGGGAUUUGUCACUAGAAUUUCCAGAAAGAUACCAAUUCAGUGGAAAAGAUAUUGCUUCCCAGCCAUGUCUGGUUACUGAAAUGUUGGCCAAAUUUACAGAAACUGAAGUUUUAGAAGGAAAAAUCUACGUAUGUGAACAGUGUAACUCAAAGCGUAGAAGAUUUUCCUCAAAACCAGUUGUACUCACAGAAGCCCAAAAACAGCUUAUGAUAUGCCACCUACCUCAGGUUCUCAGACUACACCUCAAAAGAUUCAGGUGGUCAGGAUGUAAUAAUCGAGAGAAGAUUGGUGUUCAUGUUGGCUUUGAGGAAACUUUAAACAUGGAGCCAUAUUGCUGCAGGGAGACCCUGAAAUCCCUCAGACCAGAAUGCUUUAUCUAUGACUUAUCUGCUGUAGUAAUGCACCAUGGGAAAGGAUUCGGCUCAGGACACUACACUGCCUACUGCUAUAACUCUGAAGGAGGGUUCUGGGUACACUGCAAUGAUUCCAAGCUAAGCAUGUGCACUAUGGAUGAAGUAUGCAAGGCCCAAGCUUAUAUCUUGUUUUAUACCCAGCGAGUUACUGAGAAUGGACAUUCUAAACUCUUGUCUCCAGAGCUCCUGUCUAGUAGCCAACAUACCAAUGAAGAAGCUGAUACCUCUUCUAAUGAAAUCCUUAACUGAUCCAAAGAUAGUAGGGCUUUCUUCUUGCAAUUUGUAUAUAUACUUUUUAAAAGGGCUGACUUAAAAUUUUGAGCUUCAUUGUAUUUUUUUUUUAUUUUGAAAUCAGUGCACACUACAUUUACAUUUUGUAUUUAUGACAACUUUUUAUUUUUUUUACAGAGACAGUGUAUCAACUGCAGGGAACUAAACUUUUUUCAAGUACUCAGAGUUUUAAACUUUUAGUGUUUACCUCAGACUAGUGUUACCUCUUAUUUUGAUGUCUUAAUUGGCUCAUAUCAUGAAUUUGUGCAAUCUACUAAAAAAAUUUGGGAGGCAUUUUAUAUACAUUUGUUACUUACCUUUUGUAACUAUUUUCUAUACAAAUUCAAAAUAGAUGGAAAAUUAGACACU